UAUUCUUCCCCGCCGCCAUUGACGUAAUGCCGUCUGGCCGAUUACCCUACGCUUGCCGCCCCGUGUUCCUCAUUCAUUCUCACUUUCCUCAUUCCUGUCCAUAUCCUCACCCAUCUUCGAGUAGUCAUGUCUUCUGAGGAGCAGGAAGGACCUGCAGGAACAAAAGUGUUAGACACGCUCUACCCGCUCACCCACUUCAUCGGUCAUCGUCCCCCUACCGUCUCUUCGGAGCUGCAACCGGGAGAUGCAGGGUACCGCAAGUUCCAUGCAAAUUUCCAUGCAUUCGUAGAUUUUGGCUGGUGUGACCCUUUGCGAUCCCGUCUGAAAGCUCGCGAGGAGCGACAAGCAGCAGCGCAACGGCAAGAGGACGAUAAGGAGGCAGGCAAGGACAACGGGGAGAGUUACGCUCGAGAGCCGUGGCGCGUCUCGCUCGGCUGGCUCCUCUGGUCUCGUCUAAAAGGCGUGGUCCUCUCUACCAUACCGACUUUUGCAGUUCUGAGCUUCAUUGCCCUGAUUGCUCGCUCAGCCUUUUGGCGCGAAUAUGGCUCCCCUAUCAUCCUUGGCGCCUUUGGAACCGAGACGGUCAUCCUCUUCUGCCUACCUCAUCUGCCAGCCGCACAGCCUCUAGCUAUCUUCUUGGGAAACACCAUUUCUGCUAUCAUCUCCGUCGCUAUACAAAAGGCCUUUGAGCAUUACCCUUCUUACAAGCCCGGGAGCGUGGAUGGUGUCAAUUGGGCAGCCCCAGUCGUGGCGACGAUCACGUCUUCUGCGGUCAUGCAAUUAGUAGGAAUUGUUCAUCCACCAGGAGCAGCCAUUGCGGUCCUCGCCACUACUACUUCAAAUGUAGUAGGCGAGGGCUGGGAGCUACCGGGGCACAUCUGCCUCAUCUCCCUACUCUUCAUUGCCAUGGGUCUAGUAUUCAACAACAUCGGAGGCAAAACUUACCCUAGCAGUUGGGGUCUGCCUUUCUGGCCUACUGCACCGAGCCCCGGGCAAAUUCGGGAACGCUGGAAUGUGAAACAGAGGGAGAGCAGGGGGAGGACAGCCGGCAAGGAGGGCAAUGCUGCUGAGGAAGGUCGGGAGGGCUCGAAUGAGACAGUGGCUCCAAGGUAAAGUACUUCUUGCAAGUCUUAUGGCUCAUGUGUGCAAAUCAUCUGUAUUCUAUU